GGGGUGAAUGGCUUCUCCGACCUGAAGUUCCAGCACACCCCCAUGGAGGAUAUACCCAAGAUUCAUGCUGGCCUUGUCGACUCCUUCGACUCCGGCAUCAUGUACCCAAUCGCUAAGCGCAAGCGUGAACUCGCCGCUCUUGCGCGUAUGCUGAGCGAAAACGAGGACCGAUGGGCUGCAGCAAUCACGGCUGAUGUGCAUAAGCCACACUACCAGUCCCUCCUCUACGAGGUCGUCAUUGUGAAUUCCGCCCUUGCCGUGAUCGACCAGCUCGAUGAGUGGACGCAACCAGUGGUACCGAAAGUCAGUGAUCACUUCCGCAGCUAUAACCCAGUACUGUAUCCGACGCCGAAGGGAGUUAUCCUGCUCAUUGCACCCUGGAACUAUCCAGUCACUCUUACGCUCUACAACGUGAUCUCGGUUCUUGCAGCGGGCAACUGCGUGAUCAUCAAGCCAUCUGAACUGGCACCCACCGUCGCUGCCUUGAUGGCGGAGCUCGUGCCGAAGUAUCUUGAUCCAGCGGUUGCCAGGGUCGUUAACGGAGGUGUCAAAGAGACGACCCGACUGCUCGAGCUGAGGUUCGAUCAUAUCUUCUAUACCGGGAACGGGACGGUUGGCAGGAUCGUAGCUGCCGCCGCAGCCAGACAUUUAACACCCUUAACACUGGAGCUCGGCGGGAAGUCUCCCGUUGUUAUCGACACGAAUGACUUCGAUCCUCUUCUCGUCGCCCGGCGGAUUUUGUGGGGGAAACUCAUGAACGCGGGCCAGACCUGCGUUGCACCAGAUUACAUCCUUUGCCCGGAAUCGGCCCAACCGGCGCUGCUUGAAGCGAUGGGCUUGGUACUCAAGGAGUUCUUCCCGGAUACGAAUGGUCAGCCGUUCCACCAUAAAGACUUCGGACGGCUCGUCAACGAAAGACAUUUCAAUCGGGUUCAAAAGCUUAUUGAGCGCAGCCAUGGAGAAGCAGUGUUCGGAAAGAAGCAGAGCGAUCCGACGACCUAUGCUGUGCAUCCACUUGUGAUCAAAACUGAUGGAGAGGAUAGUCUAAUGAGCGAGGAGCUCUUUGCCCCUGUGCUGCCGUUGAUUUCGAUCAAAGAUACGGACGAUGCCAUCAAGUUUAUCAAUGCGCGUGAUCAUCCACUUGCACUAUAUGUCUUCACCCAGUCACAGGAAGUUAA